AACUUCUUUCUUCAUUUCACGCCUCUGAUAUUCCUAAAUUAGCUAUUCUAGUAAUUGUACUAGGGUACACAGCUGCAUUUUUGAUUCAGGACUUUGGAUUUAACCAGACAUCUACACUUAAUGGGCAACAUGCUACCGUUGAAGAUAGUUUCCGUGAUUUAGUGGCAUUGAUUGUGGAGGAAAAAAGAAUGCGAUUAAAGCUAGAGGCCAGACUAAAUGAUGCUGAAAAUAAAAUAACUCAGAUGCAUCUGUUUAAUACAGCAGUAAGUAAUGAGUUAGAAAAAGAAAGAAAUGAACUGCAACAAAUGAAAACAGUUUGUAAUGACCUUAGACUUGAAAUUGACAACAUUACUGCGGAUAAAAGCUUUGCCAGUCUGCAAACACUCAAUAGUAUCAAAACUGACGUAGAAAAUAUUACGGACAUCUUGUCAAGUUUGAAGUUAGAAGACAAAAUACAUCAUGAAGAAGCAACACAACUUAAUAGAACUCUUGUGGAAAACAUAUCGAAAAUAAACGGCCAGCUGCAGAAUGCAAAUAAUUCCUUAAAUUCCAUUAGAGCUAUGAAAAGACAUGGGUUUUCUGUUUACUAUCCGGACAGAAAAAGCGGCUCUGGUACUACUCCGGUCAAGUUCGGCGGUAUAUUCUACAACGACUUCAAUGUUUUCAACAUGACCACGGGAAUGUUUGAUUGCAAACAUUCGGGGCUUUACAUUCUAACCUUUUCAAUAGUAAACGCAAAUGAAAUUGAGGGAUCUGUGAAGUGUAGAGUCUACAAGACCGGACAAUAUCAGUGUAUUUGCUGCUACAGUUGCAGCUGGUGGACAUUUCUAUUCUUCAGGAGCGAAUUAUUUUCUUUAUCAGUUAUAUGUAGGCGAUCACAUAUAUAUAAGUGGCUGUAAUCUUCCAGACCUUCUCCAACCGGAAACCAGCUUUACCGGAUUUCUUCUCAGUCCAGUAGGUUAACAUCAUCUGGCCGCGAACUUUCUAGCAGUAAAAAUAUAAAAAAAAACUCAAGAAGGAUGAUGUCUGUACUGUAUGUUUGUAUUUAGAUUGAUUUUGAUAAAAACAACAAAGACUUAAAUUAAUUGUACAAGCGCCUAUUUUGUAAAUAAUAUGACGAUCCGCCCGCUUAGCUCAAUAGUUUGAUCCUCGGAGCGUAUGUUCUCCUUGACGAUUUGAUUAAAAAACAUUGUGUCUGAAAUCAUUUGUCCUCCACCUUUGAUUAAUGUGGGGAAGGUGUCAGUUUCUUGCAGAGAACAGGCUAAAACUUGUACAGAAUCAAAGAACACUGGUUAGGUUAACUGCCUGACGUUAAAUAACUAAAAUACUGUUUAGAAACGGUGUGGAACCAAAAAAAACAAACAACAACAACAACAACAAAAAAGCUAACAUGCUGGCGAGAACAUGACAAAAUUGCAAUCUAUCAUGUUAUGGAUGUCUUGUGCUGGUGGCAGCUCCACGCGACAACAAGAGGACAAGACAAAUUAGUUUGCACGACAAUAUGACAUAAUGCUACAUUGUUGUGACCCAUCGUACUGCCGGGGACGGGGGUAGGAGGGGUUGGGGUAUUAGGCGCAGUCAAGACUACAGAAAUGAUUUAUUGCGUAGUUUAUUGUCUUUCUAAUGGAGCAACCAAAACAACAGCACGACAUGGCAGAAAUGUGCCACUAUAUAUUGAUGUACAUAAAAAAGUCAUCAUUGCCAUUAGAAACGUCUUAUUAACGAUUACACAGUCUUGUGGGAAAGGUUAAAUGUCAACAAUUAUUAGAAAAAUUCAACAUCAGUUUUUCACAUGAAAUUUAUCUGUACAACAAUAAUGUAUUCCUGUUUUGUUAUUCUGAAAUAUAUUUUGGAGGAGCAAGCAUUUUUGGAACAUUGGAUUUUUUU